AUGACAGCCAAAGGCAAAGGCAAAGCUCUGUCUCAGAGAGACGAUAUCCAGCUCAUCUUCAGCUGCUACGCCCCUCGAGGUAAAAACCUUUCAGCCCAGGGCCUCCUCGACUUCAUCCAGAAGGAGCAAAUGAACAGUCAGGCAGACAUGAAGGCUGUGGAACAGAUCAUUGAAAACUACGAGAUUAAUAAAACAGUCAAAUCUAAGAAAUCAAUGACAUUCGGAGGAUUUCUCCGAUACAUGAAGACCGAGGACUGCUCAGUGGACAACAAAGACAAUAAAAAAGUGUAUCGUGACAUGGACUGGGCUCUGUGCCAUUACUUUUUAUCAUCCUCAUACAAUACAUACCUAACAGGAGACCAGCUGGUAGGAAGAAGCCAUCUGCAUGCAUGUGUAAGUGCCCUGAGGAGAGGCUGCCGCUGCUUGGAAAUCGACUGCUGGGACGGGCCAGAUCAGGAGCCUGUCGUUUAUCACGGCUACACUUUAACCAGCAAGAUCCUCUUCAAGGAAGUCAUUGCCACAAUCGAGCAGCAUGCUUUUGAGGUGUCCCCUUACCCAGUUAUCCUUUCCCUGGAGAACCACUGCACACCCCUGCAGCAGGAGAUGAUGGCUGAAUACCUGAAAACAAUCCUAGGGGAGAUACUGCUUGACAUGACAAUCAAUGACAUCUUUGCCAAGGAGCUGCCUUCCCCUGAGGAGUUAAAGAAUAAAAUAUUAAUAAAGAAUAAGAAAAUCGGACUGCUCCAGGAUACCAUCCUCAAGAAAGGGACCAACAGACAUGGGGAGGUAGGGCACUAUAUUGAGGAAGAUCAUGACGAGGAGGAGGCAGAGGAAGAGACAGCAAAGGACACCAGCUUCAAAAACACCAGCUUCAAAACCAGCCAAGUCUGCAUGCAGGUUAUAAGUGGAUACAGCCUGCUGGUGCCCAGGGGCUCCAAAGGUAUAGAUCCCUACGUGCAUGUGGAGAUAUAUGGAGUCUCUGCUGACAAUGCGAAAAAACAGACAAAUUAUGUAAAACAAAAUGCCAUGAGUCCGCGAUGGGAUGAGACCAUGACCUUUGCCAUACAGGUGCCGGACCUAGCCUUGGUGCGCUUCAUUGUGGAAGAUCAAAAUGCCAUUAUGGCAAAUGAAUUCAUUGCUCAGUACACCCUGCAUCUUACCAGCAUGAACCAAGGCUACCGCUGGGUCCCUUUGCUUUCUAAGGAAGGCAUCAGUCUUGACCCCGCAUCACUGUUCAUUUACGUGUGGUUCAGCUAGAAGAUCUCAACAUGGCAAAUCCGCAGUCCAUCAUCUGAGCAGACCUGCACUGCCUCUCCUGAGCUGCUGAUCUUACUCGUGUCAAUGCAGUACGAAUGCAGGGCGGUUUAAAAACGGCUCUUCACUCGCUACACCA